CCAGCGAGAUAGCUUCCGGUCAAGAUGGCGGCCACUGAAGAUGGACAGGGCAGCAAGAUCAACCUUUCAAUGCUCAUAGACUUUCUACUACAGAAGACUUACCAUGAAUUAACCGUCCUUUCUGAACUUUUACCAAGAAAGAAUGACAUAGAAAGAAAAAUUCAAAUUGUACAGUUUGCAAGUCGUACUCGACAGCAGUUUGUGAGGCUCCUUGCUCUGGUCAAAUGGGCAGCAAGUGCUGAGAGGGUUGACAAAUGUCAGGUAAUAUCCACAUUUCUGGACCAGCAAUCAAUGGUUUUUGUAGAUACUGCUGACAUGCUUGCGAGAAUGGCAAGGGAAACUUUGGUCCAAGCAAGGCUGCCAACAUUUUGUCUCCCUGCUGCUGUUGAUGUUCUCACUACAGGAACAUAUUGUAGGCUCCCAACAUGCAUAAGGGAUAAGAUAGUACCUCCAGAUCCUAUUACCACAUCAGAGAAGACAAUGACGUUACAGAGAUUAAACCAAGUUAUCCAACAUAGAUUAGUAAUAUCAGAAAUACCACCACAGAUGACAAACAUUAAAAUAGAUGAUGGAAGGGUUACCUUUCAUGUGGACCAUGAAUUUGAGGUAUCAUUAACUUUAAUGGGAGAUGACACGUCGUUACCAUGGAGAUUGCUGUCUAUCAACAUUCUCGUUCAGGACAUUGAAACAGGAGAUGGCAUGUCACUGGUGCAUGAUCUACAGAUUAACUACAUUCACCAGCUUGUCCAGUCACGACUUUUCCAGGAAGAGAGCCCUUUGGUUGACCUUUACAACUGCUUGCAUACAUUUUGUUUGUCUCUCCAGCUUCAAGUCCUCCAUUUUCAGGCAAAGCAACUGAUUACUGAACGUUGGCAUGAGAAUGUAAAGAUUGACAGCAGUAUUUCCGAACAAAGUUUUACUUUAUACUAUUGGAGGAAUACAUCAGGACAACAACAACAACAACAACCAUUAACAGUACAAACACCAACUCAGGCAAAUAAGUUAACAAUAUCAUAUAAAUCUGAGAACACACCUCCAUCACUGAGAAUAAUCCAUCAACCAGAAAUCAGCCGUGACAUGAAAAAUGACAUGAAAGAUGUUGUCUUUCCAGGAGAGCUCUGUGUAGAGAAGCUGUUGAUGCAGACAGUAAGAAUCCAGUCAAAUGUGAAGCUAAUCAACCUCCUUAAUCUGCUCUCAGAAGACCUUAAACUGAACUCCAAAGUUCUGUUAGACCAUCAAAAUUCAUGCCUUGCCAUCCACACCUGUAGUGAUGCCACGCCCAGCGAGGUGCUUCUCAUAACAAUCGAUACUCGUUCUGGCCAGUUUAGAGUUGCACUUGGUGGCGGUGAAGAAAAUGCAAUUUGCUCUGCAAUGGAGAAAGCAUUGAAUGCAAACCCUAAGCAGUUUCCAGUUCUUCUAGGAGAUGUCAGGUGUCAGCUUCAUCUCUGCAAGUGCCGCAGAUCAAUUGCUAUGCUACCUGUGAUUCCUCGCUCAUACUUACCGAUAAGUGAGGCAUCCAGAGGUAAACUUGGUCAGCUCAGUAAAUGUCACUUUUAUCUUCACUUCAAAAAUCACAAGGAGUACUACUUGGUUAUUGAAGUCAUAAGUGAAGAAAACAGUGACAAAGUAUCAAAGAGGUAUCAUCUACUCCACACAAAAAACCUUGAUGUUGACAGUCUUGAAGGGACAAGAAAGGACCGAUCAACAGAGUCUAAAGAUCCUAAACAAGCGAUAAAGAAGGAGGCCGAGAAGCAACCAAAGACAGGUUGUCAAAACCAGUCACAUGACAAGCAGUCCUUGUUUCUAGAGGUGGAUCAUUUGGUAGAGAUUGGUGCUCUGCCUUUGACUGACUUCCCUGGAUCACCAAUCAAAGGCUUUGAUCAGAAGACUAGUGGGUCAAGCAGCAAGAGAAAGUGCAUUAAUGAUGACCAACAACAGAAUAAGAAGCCCAGAACGACCAGUGAUCUCUUUAACGAAUGUUCAUCAGUGUCAUCCUACCAAGCUGACUUGGGCCAUGUUGUUUGUUUGUGUGACGCAAGGAUUCCUUUCAUGCAGUUGUGCAAUGAGUUAAAGCAAAAUGAAGUAGUCCAUGAUGGAGUGCAGUCAGAAGCAGGGAUUGGUUUAUGUAUUCCAAUCCUUCAUCUUCCCUUACCAGCAGGCUGCAAUCCUGACCUUGUCAGCACUUUACAAGAAAACAUUCUUAGCUGCACCUUGAGAUUCACUUGUCAGGACUACAGGCAGUGUGUCUUUGAGCUGAUCUUCUCAUCAAGCCCCUUACAAAGUAAUUCAGCUCCCUCUAAGGCUGAAUGCAAGAGAGUAACCCUAACAUAUGAUAGCAUGUCUGUUAUAAGUGCGCCUGAUGGUAAAAUCAUUAAACAAAGUGCUGUCCAGCUGUUCCUGGAGGACUGGUGUAGCAUGUGCAAACUGUAUCCUCAUACCCUGGAGCUCGAUCUUUGUCUCAAAGACAACACAAGUCAUGUGCGCCACAUGUUUCACAUUGAAUCUUAUACUUAUAAACAACUAACCAUACAAUAUGAGCCUGACAGGCAGAACUUGGUAACAGUGCAGUGGUCAGUGACAGAAAAGCAGUUUGUCCUUUCCUUUGGUCAUGGUGGUUCAAGCGGGAUGGAUAACCCACAUCGUAUAAUGGCUGAGCAUUUACAAAAAGACUUUAAUAAACGACUUAAUCUGCCCUACCUGAUACAGAUCCUACAUGAGACGUGGAAGCCUCUAUCUUCAAUUAACAAGCUAACCACUAUGCCCCAGCUAGGGGUUAUAACACGUCCUCAUAUGGCUCAACGAACAUUCUCUGUUCUACCUGUAUCUCCAACCUCUGUCCACAUCAUCUACAGAUCAAACGCUCUGGAGGUUCACUUCAAAGCCAAAAAUUUGGUGUCCAUAAGAGAUGCUUCUUUGAGUUUCGUGGACCCGUCAAAACCAAGAAACUUGCUGUCAUCCAUUCCCAGCCUCAAGCAAUUUCUACAGCUGUUUGUUGAUGAUAUCGCCAUGGCUGGAGGGAUUCCUUCCCGGCGUACCUCAGAAGCUGACGACGAGGUGCCACCAUCACCAGUAGGCAUGGAUACCGAGCCAACAGAAAUCCAGUUCACGUCACCACAACCUAUGCCUUCACAGAGCAUUUAUGUCUCUCCAAACGUACCUUCAUCGUCUUCUCGGGGCGGCUUUACUCCAUCCCCGAACCCCAUCAAUGCGCCAAGCCCUAGCAAUCCCUAUUCCAGCCCCUCCCCUGCUACUUCUUUUCUGGGCCACUCUCCUGCUCAUAGUUUUAUGCAGUCUCCAGGGCCUUGGUCGCCACUUCCUGGCGGAAGUCAAGUCAAUAAAUACAGACAAAACCCUGCAGUGAGUGGUCCAUCAAGACAACCAACAACCCCACCCCGUCCCCUGAUAGCAAAACCCUGGGCGUCUACGACCCCCACCAUCCUCUCGCAUACGGCAUUCAAUCGUCUGUGCAGCCCUGUUCAUCGUUAUGACAGAAACGUUAGUCAUCUGGAGAUGUUUCUGGGUUCUAUGUUUCUGAAGAAACACCUUUGUCGGGCGAUACAGGGAGAUGAAUUG